AUGGCGGGGAAAAUGGUGCUCUACAAGUUGGUGGUGCUAGGUGACGGUGGCGUGGGAAAGACGGCCUUGACCAUACAAUUAUGUCUGCAACACUUUGUCGAGACUUACGAUCCCACCAUCGAGGAUUCGUACCGAAAACAGGUCGUCAUCGACGGGCAGGCAUGCAUGCUAGAGGUCCUCGACACCGCAGGCCAGGAGGAAUACACUGCGUUGAGAGACCAAUGGAUCCGGGACGGCGAGGGCUUCGUGCUCGUAUACAGCAUCUCUUCGCGGUCGUCAUUUACCCGCAUCAAGCGCUUCCACCACCAGAUCCAGCGGGUUAAAGAAUCCGUCGCGUCGUCGCCUUCAUACCCCGGGUCCCCCAUCGCUGCGGCCCACCCCCAAGCGCCCGUACCCAUCAUGCUCGUCGGCAACAAGAGCGACCGAGUCACCGAGCGCGAAGUGUCCACCCAAGAAGGCCAUGCACUGGCCCGCGAAUUGGGCUGCGAAUUCGUCGAGGCAUCGGCCAAGAACUGCAUCAACGUCGAGAAGGCCUUUUACGACGUCGUCCGAAUUCUUCGGCGGCAACGGCAAGCAGCAUCGCGCCCGCAUCAAAGCGGACGCACGGGCACACGACCCGCCAAUGGCGACCGUCUAGGAUACGAUGACGAGAAGGGCAGAGUGUCGCGGUAUCGACGCGGGGACGGCGAAAAGUCCAAGAGGAGCAAAUGUGUGGUUCUCUAA